UCUAAUGUACGUGCCCACCAACCAGCGACUCCCCCUACUGGAAAGUACGCACACGUCACCUGGCUCAGGACACCCUGGCAGCAGGCGAACCCUCUCGCUCAUCCAGCAGAAGUACUGGUGGCCUAACAUGGUUCGUGACGUUACCCGGUACAUCCUCGGAUGCUCGGUCUGCGCCGUUACCACCACACCUCGUCAACUUCCCGUGGGUAAAUUACAACCACUGCCCAUUCCUCGCCGACCCUGGACCCAUCUAGGGGUGGAUUUCGCCACUGACCUUCCCCCCUCAAGGGGCGUUCGAGACCGCCGAAGCCCUCUUCACCAACGUGUUCCGGAAUUAUGGCACUCCAGAGGACAUUGUCUCGGACAGAGGACCUCAGUUUGUCUCCAGGGUCUGGCGAGCGUUCUUCCAACUCCUCGGAACAUCCGUCAGUUUAUCUUCUGGAUAUCAUCCUCAGACCAACGGCCAGACCGAGCGGAAGAUUCAAGAGAUCUCACGGCUAUCAACCACCGCUGUUUCCCUGGUCAGGAGAAGUCUCUGAAGUGCCCGCGGUAGAUCACUGGUUCCAGGAGAGCGAGAGGGUGUGGGACUCAGCUCACGUCCAUCUCCAACGGGCAGUUCGGAGGCAUACAGAGACCGCUAACCGACGCAGAUCGCCUAAUCCCGUCUAUCUACCUGGAGACAAGGUUUGGCUCUCCACUCGGGAUAUCCGCCUCCGACUGCCCUGCAAAAAGCUGAGUCCCCGCUACAUAGGGCCGUUCACCAUCCAUUCUCAGAUAAAUCCCGUCACCUACCGCCUGGACCUACCACCACGCUACCGGAUCUCACCCACGUUUCACGUCUCACUGUUAAAACGUCACACUGAUCCAGUUUCUCCUUCCUCCACAGAACCAGAACCGCCUCCCCCUCCAGACCAACCCGAGAUCCUCGGAGACAACAUCUACCAGGUCCAAGAGAUCCUCGACUCCCGGCGGCGGGACGGCCACCUGGAAUACCUCAUAGAUUGGGAGGGGUUCGGUCCCGAAGAGAGGUCGUGGGUACCACGCAAUGACAUCCUGGAUCCGGCUCUCCUCGAAGAUUUCCACCGACAACACCCAGACCGCCCGGCUCCCAGAGGUCGUGGUCGUCCCCGUCGCCGCUCUAGGAUGCCUGGAGUCACCCGUGGGGGGGGGGGUAGUGUCACACCCUCAGCUCGUUCCCUCAGCCCCAGUCACCAUUGCCAGUCACCAUCCACUCAAUCUCCCCUGCGCCGCUCACGUGAACCGUCACCUGAAUACUGAUUACCUGCACCUGCACCAGCAAUUACCACACCCUUAAAUACUCACCUCACUCAUUCACUCACCGGCUGGA